AUGGCUCGCUUUGAAGACGAACUGUCCAGCCGCUAUGGAGGCAGCUGUCCCGCGGGCCCGGCCAGAGGGGCCAGCCGGCCGCCGGGGCCUCCGGGGGGCCAGCGGAUGUACAAACAGACGAUGGCCCAGAGAGCCAGGACCAUGGCCAUUUACAACCCCAUUCCUGUCAAACAGAACUGCCUCACCGUUAACCGCUCUCUGUUCAUCUUCAGUGAGGAUAACAUCAUACGGAAAUAUGCCAAAAAGAUCACCGAAUGGCCUCCAUUUGAGUACAUGAUCUUGGCCACCAUUAUAGCAAACUGCAUUGUGCUGGCCUUGGAGCAACACCUACCGGCCUUAGACAAAACACCGAUGUCAGAGCGUUUGGACGACACAGAGCCCUACUUUAUUGGAAUAUUUUGUUUUGAGGCUGGCAUCAAGAUCAUCGCCCUGGGCUUUGCCUUUCACAAAGGCUCCUACCUGCGUAAUGGCUGGAAUGUAAUGGACUUUGUGGUGGUCCUAACAGGGAUCCUGGCCACUGUGGGGGCUGACUUUGAUCUGAGAACACUGAGGGCUGUGAGAGUACUGCGGCCGCUCAAACUGGUCUCCGGCAUUCCAAGUCUUCAGGUGGUAUUGAAGUCCAUUAUGAAAGCCAUGGUACCUCUGCUGCAGAUUGGCCUGCUGCUCUUCUUCGCCAUCCUCAUGUUCGCCAUCAUUGGCCUUGAUUUCUACAUGGGCAAGUUCCAUCGCACCUGCUUCAGGAUAGACACAGGCGAGCAGGCAGCUGAUUUCCCCUGUGGCCUGGAAGCUCCGGCGAGGACCUGCAACAACGGCACCGCCUGUAAGGAAUACUGGAUCGGACCCAGCUUUGGCAUCACCAACUUUGACAAUAUCCUCUUUGCCGUUCUCACCGUUUUCCAGUGCAUCACCAUGGAGGGAUGGGUGGACAUCCUCUACAACGCCAAUGAUGCCUCAGGGAACACGUGGAACUGGCUGUACUUCAUCCCCCUCAUCAUCAUCGGCUCCUUCUUCAUGCUCAACCUGGUGCUCGGUGUGCUGUCAGGUGAGUUUGCCAAGGAGAGAGAGCGGGUGGAGAAGAGACAAGAAUUCCUGAAGCUCCGCAGACAACAGCAAAUAGAGAGAGAGCUAACUGGGUACCUCGAAUGGAUCUGCAAAGCAGAGGAGGUGAUGCUGGCUGAGGAAGACAAGCACGCAGAGGAGAAAUCUCUGGAUGGUGCCUGGUACAAAAGGAAACACAACAACUCUGUGCUGAAAAGGACCAAGAAGAGUAAGAAUGACCUCAUCAAUGCAGAGGAAGGCGAGGACCACUUCACUGACAUCUCAUCUGUUGGGUCGCCGUUCGCCCGGGCCAGCGUGAAGAGCAAGAACGAGAGCUCGUCUUACUUUAGGAGGAAAGAAAAGAGGAUUCGCUUCACCAUCCGUCGUCUGGUCAAGUCCCAGAGCUUCUACUGGACUGUGUUGUGUCUGGUUGGCCUCAACACGUUGUGUGUAGCUAUAGUACACUAUGACCAGCCUGAGUGGCUCACCUAUGCACUGUACCUGGCCGAGUUUGUAUUCCUGGGCCUGUUUCUGGCUGAGAUGUCCAUGAAAAUGUAUGGCCUUGGACCCCAGAACUACUUCCACUCCUCAUUCAACUGUUUUGACUUUGGGGUGAUCAUUGGCAGUAUUUUUGAGGUGAUCUGGGCUGCCAUUAAACCUGGGGCCUCAUUCGGGAUAAGCGUCCUGCGUGCUCUGCGCCUGCUCAGGAUCUUCAAAGUCACCAAGUACUGGAACUCUUUGAGGAAUCUGGUGGUAUCCCUGCUCAACUCCAUGAAAUCUAUUAUCAGCCUGUUGUUCCUCCUCUUCCUCUUCAUCGUGGUCUUUGCUCUGCUGGGCAUGCAGCUGUUUGGUGGCCAGUUUAAUUUUGAAGACGAAACGCCGACGACCAACUUUGACACAUUCCCAGCAGCAAUUCUCACUGUCUUCCAGAUCCUAACUGGGGAGGACUGGAACGCCGUCAUGUAUCAUGGGAUCGAAUCACAGGGAGGUGUUCAUGGGGGAAUGUUCUCCUCCAUUUAUUUCAUUGUCCUCACUCUCUUUGGAAACUACACGCUCCUCAACGUGUUCUUGGCCAUUGCUGUUGAUAACCUUGCAAAUGCCCAGGAGCUCACUAAGGAUGAAGAGGAGCAAGAGGAGGCCAUCAGUAAGAAGCUGGCACUCCAGAAGGCCAUGGAGGUAAAGGAGGUCAGCCCAAUGUCGGCAGCGAACAUUUCCAUUACAGCUUUUCUAACACGCAGUCGAGGUAACGCGCACUCUAGCAGCUCAUCCAUCUGCAGCGUUAACUCACUGAGUUAUGUCUGCACCCCAGUCCAUCACUACUUGAGUAAGGAGCAGCAGAAGUCAGUGAAGACGAUGUCAGUUUGGGAGCAGAGGGCCAACCAGCUGAGGAGGCAGAACCGAGCCAGCUGCGAGGCCCUCUACUGUGAGCUGGAGCCCGAGGAGCGUCUCCGCCUGUCAUCCGCCCUCCACAUCCGCCCUGACAUGAAGACCCACCUCGACCGGCCGCUGGUUGUUGAACCUCGCGAUGGGCCUUUGCUGGGCAGCCAUCAGCACCACCAUCACAAUCCCUCAAUGCCAGACAGCGCCGAGACUGCCGCCGACCCUCCUCCUCCUCCUGUGCCUCACCAACCACGCCGCCACCACCGCCACAGAGACAGAGACCGGGCCAGAACGAGAGAGGAGGCAAAUGAUAACGGUGACGCCAGUAAGGACGGAGGGCACCACGUCCAUCACAGCCGCUCCAAAGACUACGACGGCUGCCGGGGCAAAGAGGGGAAGAGCGAGAGGUCCCGUAGCCGAGAGGGAGGCAGGAGGCAUCACCAUCAGGGCUCAGUGGAUGACAGCGGAGGCGGAGGAGUCACGAGCGAGAGAGAGCAUCGCCAUCAUCACUCACACCGACAGUCCCGAGGGGGCAACGGGACUGUGAACAGUGGAGGGCGGGGAGAGCGAAGAUCCCGCCGCAAAGAUGGACGGUCAUCUAACAGGGAUGGAGAGAGGAAUUCCAGAGGGGACAGUGGUGUCAAUGGAGAAAGGAGGAGACACCGGACUCAUGGGUCCCGGGGCCAGUCCACAGUUGAAGGAGAGGAGUCCAACGAGAGAGAGAAGACCCACAGUCACAGGGACAGGUUUGGUGACUCAGAGGGGGAGUCCCUAGCCAUCUCCCCCCAGCAGGGCUCUGGUGGGGCCGACUGGCCUCCUGACCGACCAGAGGACUCGGACAACCAGAGGAAUGUCAGACGAACCGGCCAGACUUCCGUCCAACUUCCUCCUGUGACUGUCACCUCCCCCCCUGGAGAGACCACCCUCAUACAACUGAACAGUAUUGACUGUGAGACGAUGCCCAUGAAUGAGAAGACCCUGGAGGAUCUCGGUCAAAGUGGACCCAAACCCAUCCUGCCUUACAGUUCCAUGUUCAUGUUUGGACAGGCCAAUCCGGUGAGGCGGUUAUGUCACUACAUUGUGACUCUGCGUUAUUUUGAGAUGUCCAUCCUGGUUGUCAUUGCUAUGAGCAGCAUCGCUCUGGCAGCAGAGGACCCCGUCUGGACGAACGCCCCUCGCAACAAUGUGCUCAAAUAUCUGGACUAUGCCUUUACUGGUGUUUUCACUUUUGAAAUGGUGAUCAAGAUGGUGGAUCUUGGCCUGCUGCUUCAUCCUGGAUCUUACUUCAGAGACCUGUGGAACAUCCUGGACUUCAUAGUGGUCAGUGGGGCGCUGGUGGCUUUUGCAUUUUCGAGCUUCAUGGGUAGAUCGCAACAAGGUGUGACCAGGGGGACCAAAGGCAAAGACAUCAGCACUAUCAAGUCACUGAGGGUUCUCCGUGUGCUCAGGCCUCUCAAGACCAUCAAACGUCUGCCAAAGCUCAAGGCGGUGUUCGACUGUGUGGUCAACUCUUUGAAGAACGUGCUGAACAUCCUCAUCGUUUACAUCCUCUUCAUGUUCAUCUUUGCUGUCAUCGCUGUUCAGCUCUUCAAGGGGAAAUUCUUCUACUGCACAGACGAGUCCAAAGGCCUGGAGAAGGACUGCAAAGGACAGUUCCUAGACUAUGACAAAGACGAGGUGGCUGCCAUGCCCAGAGAGUGGAAGAAAUACGAGUUCCAUUAUGACAAUGUGCUGUGGGCCUUCCUAACCCUCUUUACUGUCUCCACUGGGGAGGGCUGGCCAACUGUCUUGAAGCACUCUGUGGAUGCCACCUUUGAAGACCAGGGUCCCAGCCCAGGCUACCGGAUAGAAAUGUCCAUCUUCUAUGUGGUCUAUUUUGUAGUCUUCCCUUUCUUCUUCGUCAACAUCUUCGUCGCUCUGAUCAUUAUCACCUUCCAGGAGCAGGGAGACAAAGCCUUGUCUGAGUGCAGCUUGGAAAAGAAUGAGAGGGCUUGUAUUGACUUCGCCAUAAAUGCCAAACCUCUGACACGCUACAUGCCUGAGAACACGCAGUCCUUCCAGUACAGGAUGUGGAAGUUUGUGGUCUCAGCUCCAUUUGAGUACUCCAUUAUGAUCAUGAUUGCUCUCAACACUGUGGUACUCAUGAUGAAGUUCCACGGAGCUCCAGACUUCUAUGAGGCGAUGCUGAAGAACCUCAACAUAGUCUUCACCACUCUCUUCUCUCUGGAAUGUAUCCUCAAGAUUAUUGCUUUUGGUCCACUGAACUACCUAAAGGACGCCUGGAAUGUCUUUGACUUUGUGACCGUGUUGGGCAGCAUCACUGACAUCCUGGUGACUGAAAUCAAUACUACGGACAGACUGCUGAACUUGAGCUUCCUCAGGCUGUUCAGAGCUGCCCGGCUCAUCAAGCUACUGAGGCAGGGCUACACCAUCCGCAUCCUGCUCUGGACCUUUGUCCAGUCCUUCAAGGCUCUGCCUUAUGUUUGCCUCCUGAUUGCUAUGCUGUUCUUCAUUUAUGCCAUCAUUGGGAUGCAGGUGUUUGGCAACAUUGAUCUGAAUGAGGACACAGCGAUUAAUCACCACAACAACUUCCGCACUUUCCUCCAAGCUCUCAUGCUGCUGUUCAGGAGCGCGACUGGCGAGGCCUGGCACGAGAUCAUGUUAUCAUGUUUGAGUCAUCGGGCCUGUGACGAGCGAUCGGGGUCCCACGGGAAAGAGUGCGGCAGUGAUUUUGCCUACUUCUACUUUGUCUCCUUUAUCUUCCUCUGCUCCUUCCUGAUGCUGAACCUGUUUGUGGCUGUCAUAAUGGAUAACUUUGAGUACCUAACCAGAGACUCUUCCAUCCUGGGGCCUCAUCACCUCGAUGAGUUCAUCCGGGUUUGGGCCGAGUACGACCCGGCUGCAUGUGGCCGUAUCAAGUACCUCGAUAUGUAUCAGAUGCUGCUCCACAUGUCCCCACCCUUAGGUUUGGGAAAGAAAUGUCCGCCGAGAGUCGCCUACAAGCGCCUCGUCAAAAUGAACAUGCCCAUCGCUGAUGACAACACCGUUCACUUCACCUCCACCCUGAUGGCCCUGAUUCGCACCGCCUUGGAGAUCAAGCUGGCCUCAGGCAUGGUAGCCCAGCGAUUAUCUGACGCUGAGUUAAAGAAGGAGUUGUCCACCGUGUGGCCCAGCCUCUCCCAAAAGACCGUGGACCUGUUGGUGACACCACAUAAACCCAAUGAACUGACAGUGGGGAAGGUUUAUGCUGCCCUGAUGAUCUUCGACUACUAUAAGCAGAAUCGAGCGAGGAGGCUGCAGCUGCAGCAGCAGCAGCAUCAACCAAGCGCGUCCGGCUCCCGGAGCAAGGUCGGGGCUCUGUUUAAGCCAUUGCUGCCUCUGACUCACAUGCAGGAGAAAAAUCCAGUGUUAAACAGUGUGGACCCUCCACGCACGCUUCAGCCCCAGCCCAAAACCCAUGGCAAGUCCCAGCCACAGACCAGACCUAGCUCCAACUCCCUCAACAAUGGAGGCACACUGCCAAGUCAUGACCACAUCAAGGAAUCAUCUUCCUGGGUGGUGGAGAAACCCAAGGAAGCUCCCCGGGCUAAGACUAAGAGGACCAUGUCCAGGGGCCCAUCAGAGGAUACACCGGACGCUGCUGUCAUUCAGGAGUCGGUGGAGAUGAGGAAGAUGGAGACCAGUGCCAGCAGUACAAUCCCAGCCCCUGGCUCAGGUCUGGAGAACCAGGGCAGAGCUGCUUCUAUGCCUCGACUCAACGCUGAGCUGCAGCGGAGCCAUUCUCGCCACUCUCCAGGGAUCCAUCUAGCUUCUGUCCCUGACGCAAGCCCAAUGAAGCGCUCAGCUUCCACUGUGGCCCCACAGCGGCCCCAGGAGGUCAACCUGAGGGACUACACCCUGGAGAAACCCAGCCAGGAUCGACCCCACCACCAUCACCACCACCACCGCUGCCACCACCGCAGAGACAGAGAUAAAGACAGAGACAGAGAGAAGAGACAGAGGUCUUUGGAUACACCUCUGGGUGGACAACAGCCCAGCUCUGCUGGGGCACCAGGAGAGCCGGCGUCUGACCCAGCUGCCUCCAGAGAGCGAGCUCACGACCGCGGACGCUCCCACGAGAGGAAACACCACCACUCCUCUGCGGACAAGCAGCGCUACUACUCGUGCGACCGCUACUGCAGCCGGGAACACUGCCACACCAAAUCUGCCACCGCCAGCUGUGCCGCCUCCCCCAGCGAGGGUCAGGAAACCAGCAACAAGCAGGGCAGUGGUUGGGUUAAAGGCAGCCCAGUGGCACUGAGCUCCAGUUCUAGCACGCCAAGCCGUGGACGUCGGCAGCUCCCCCAGACCCCCCUCACCCCGCGGCCCGGGGUGGCCUACAAGACUGCCAAUUCAUCCCCCGUGCACUUUGUGUCCAGCCAGGCCUCUCUGAGUCCCGGGCGGCUGAGCCGCGGCCUGUCGGAGCACAACGCCCUCCGGCACAGCGGCUCCCGCCACUUCCCCUGCCCCGUCACUCGUAUCUGCUCCGAGCCCUUCCUGGGCCAGGGCCACGACGAGGCCCCGGGCAGCCUCUACGGCAGCCUCCGGGACCAGCUGGACGUCUUCCAGGAUGGGGCGUCACUGACGCCCAGCCCCCGCGUUGGACACUCGUCUCGGACCGCACUGCCUCGCACGAUGGGAGCCCUGCUUCCCGCUCCGCAGCAGAACCUUGGGGUGCCCAACGGGUACCACUUCAGCUUCGGGGGCAGCACCAGCCCAGGCUCUGGCGUCAGGGCACCCAGGUAUUACCAGGAGGCAGAGGAGGACGAAUGGUGCUAGCAUGGCUUUAAACCAACCUUUUUAAUGCAUUUUUGAGGAAUUGUGAUGAGUUUUAUCAUCUUCUUUGAAGGCUUUAGUUUACAUUGUCACUGUGUGUGUUUGAUGCUGUAUUUGAAUCCUAAGCUCCGGUUAGGGAAUCAUUCUAAACAGGGAGAAAGUUUGAAGUGAGUAAUAUUUGAAUGUGAACAAAAAAGUGUCAUCUUUAGCAAAGGGCACGUAGCAUUAUGGAACAGACGAGCAGAAUUUUUGCCAAUCUCAGAUGUCUUAAAGUAGCUUGAUUUGCUUCGACUUCAGUGCUUUGACUUCAGUGUUUUGUUGACGCCACCAUGUUGAUCCUCAAACGGCAUCACAUUAGAAACACAGAUUAUACAGUGCGUUCAGAUGAUAAUAUCUCUCGAUUCUGGAGGAAAAGGGAAAAUCCAAAGAACAUUUGGAUGCUGUGGACAAAGCACCAGAUGUGCUGUCUGUCAGCCUGUAUUCUAAGGAAACACUAUUGCAGAUGAUUAUUUUACUGAGCAGUAAAGCUUUAUUCACAUUUAUAUGAAAAACUUGCGCUGUGCAUGCUACUUUGCUCCAAACAGGAGUCUGUGCAGCUAACUUUGUGGCUUAGUUGCUAAUAUUAAUUUGCCAAAAUUUAAGCUUCAUUCACUUUUUUUUGCUGUUAUUUGGGGGCAACACAGCAACCUUGACACAACAUAUAACAUAUUAUCACCUUAUUAGAUUGAUAAGGCUAACAUGUUAGCUCAUGGUAGCCUAGCAUUCAUUUGGAGUGGUGUUUCUGACCAUUUGUGAGUGAAUGUGACUCCAAUAGUGACUCUCCUUUCGGCUCUGGUUUGGUUUCCACCAGCUUCACAAAGAAGUAUCUGGCUCAUUAGAUGCUCAAAGAUCCUCUUAACUGUGUCCCUCUGAUGUUUGCUUCUGAGCAGGGGGUGUGCAGUGGGGUUGUCAGAGCUUUUUCACGUCUGAAUCAGCAUCUGCCUGCUGCUAACUCUAACGGCUAAAGAAGACACGACACUGUGCAUCAUCUUCCAAAUGAUUUUCCAAAUGAGCUAACAGCGCGACAUGCUGUAUAACAGACCAUUUAGUUUGGAAGCUGUGAAGUUACUUAUUGACAGUAGCUGAAGGUCUGAAGUGCGUUUGAGAGUCAGUAUGGCAGUUUCAGCUGCAAGUGAUGGCACUGCAAGUCAUGGAAACAGGGCGAAAAGCAGGUGAAUAGUUCAGUGAAAUGAUAUUUCAAAUGUUAGAAAACCUCAAAGACAUUGUGUCACUGUAUAAACAGCUGUGUUGUUCUUUAGUUUAGGACUCUACCAUUCCAUGAUGAUGCCUAAUCCUUUAUGACAUUCCCUUUGUGUCAGUCGAACAGGUGAGGUGCUGUCACGGAGACAGCAACGAUUGUUUUAUCCGUUACACGUUUCUUGCAAACUUCAAGAGAGAAGCAUCGCAUGGUUUUGAAAAGACUGACCGAUUUGUUUUCUAUAAAAUUUCCUUGUAGGUGUUCUCUUUUCAUUGUGUGCAUUUUUUGUAUGACAUGAGAAAAACAAAGUUGUGUUCUAUGUGAACUGCUUACGGUUUGCCAUCGUUUCAGGUCUAAUGUUUCUUACAGACUUCUUUGCGAUGUUUUAAGACAAAGUGCCUAUCCUUUUAGAUAUACUGUAGAAAAAGAUGCAAUGUCAACUGUUUUUUAAUGCAUCCACUUGAGUAGACGUUUGGUUCGUUCUGUAUGUAGCUCUGCAGGAAACAUGUUGUACAGAAAGCCUUAUCUGCAAGCAGAGAAACGAUACCUACAGUACGCUGAAAAGACAGGAAUGGAAAAACGACCCGAUGAAAGUCGGUUAUUUUUCUUGCUUUUGAUAAACCAUGAGACCAUGUGAGGAAGAAUGAGCAUAGUGGAAACACUGUGUGAGCAUUUAACUACUACGAAAACUGCAUAAAUAUAUCAAUCCAAUUACAUUAAUGCCAGUAACACAGUGUGCAUGUUGGAAUGGUAGACCUGGUCACCUACUUGCUAUGACCACCUUGUAGAUUUUUUUUUAUGUGUGUGUGUCUGUGUGUGUGUGUGUUUGGUCAGGAUAUCACAGUAUGAGCCUUGAAGCUCCUGUCCUGUGUGUUGGUCAGCUGGAGUCUGAAGCGGUGGAGCUGAAAUAGUCUGUACUGUCUGAUAUAGGACCCAGAGUAGCAAAGGGGGUUCCGCUCUGACUCUUAAUGGAUAUUUGAGUGAAGCCAGGCCCUGUGUGUGCAUAUAUGUGGAUUAAACACUGGUUAACAACAGCUGCUGCAGGUAUAUGUUACAUUUCUGGCUGCAGUUUGUUGUUUUGUGGUGUUUUUCUUAUUCUGAUGUAUAACUGGCAAAAAAAAUGAUGUUCUAAUGUUAUGCCAAGAUAUUUCCAGCAGCUACUGUACCGUGGAGUUUGGUAACAGGAGAUGUUACAGCGAUCUAGUUCAUUCAUAUUACAGGCUUUGGUGUCAGAAUGGGAAAGUUUUUUGUUUUUUUUCUCUGUCUACCAGUUUGCACCAGUGUCACAAAGUCACACAGGGAGAAAACUGAUUGUAAAAGAGGCAGAGUGACCAACUUCCUCACCUACAUUAGCAACAACAGCAUUAUUAGAGGCGUCCCAAUUCCAUACCACAUACUGACUCCAAGAUGGUUUGGCUUCUGUAGUGUGUUCACAGUGGGAAAGCCGAAGUGUUCUCAAAGAUGUCAGUAUGCAUGCUGAAACUGCUCGACUUUCCAAUGCAACACGUCAGAGAACCGUUUUUAUGGAGUCAGAAAGCCUAAUCGCCACUGUUGCACGAUGACGACCACAAUGUUGCAGUUCCACAGGAGCCGCUUGUGGCUCUCAACACAUUUUAAGAAGCGAGGCUUGAAGAAGCUUGAGGAGGAUUGUGAAAAACAAAAAAAUACUACAAGUAUUGAAUUGUUGCUCAAACACAUUUUGCCUUAUUUUUGUCCAAUUUAAUUGUCAUUCCAAAGUCACAGUUUGAUUGAUGUCUGUUGAUGCACGCCUCCUCACUUCCUCAUAUAUCUGUGACAAGCUGAGUCAGUCAAGCUAUCUCCAGUACGUACUGUGAACUAGUAUGUUGUAAGGACCUGGGACGCUCCUAACAUGUCCACAUACACACUUUUGAUUGAAAGCAAGUAGUUGAUGCCUUCUGCUGGGCCUUGUUGAAACCCAUUUAGGGAAACUGAGGAAGUUCCUUUAAAAUUAAAAGUUCUGUCGAAGUAGGAGAUGAGGCAGAUUGAGCUAAUCUUGUCUUGCACGCUCAGCUGUAUAUAAAAAACAUAAAAUAUGGAGACAGUAGAGUUUAAAAUUCUGUGUCCAAAUAACCAAACAUAUCUGGGUCUGUGAGACUGGAAAGAAUGUAGUCACACUCCAAAAGAGGAAUUACAACCCAAAUCACCAUGCAACUCCUGGAGUGAACAGAAGACCACGGGUUGAUAUGUAACAAUGGUCAGGAGAGGAUCUGACAGUGGUGGGGGGUGGAUUUUUUCCUUCAAGUGGUUCUACCGGCCAACACCUGCCCUGCUGCCGCACUGACCUCUGCUUCCGAUUUGAAGGAAGAAAUUCUCCAGCUGUCAGAUUUCUAGAAGUACAUCUGAGUGACAGAGCUCUGGAGGACUGUCUGAAACUCGACUCUGCUCUGAACUGGACAUGUAGGCUCAUUUAUACAAAAACAAUAUUUGGUAUAUGCAACUUGCUUGAUACACAUGACCGGCAUCAACAUCACAUUGUCUUUUGUGAAACUGUGAUCUGUUGUUGUGCUUUCACAUCAUGGCAAUCUGCAAUAUGAGGGAAGAUUUGAACCUUAGCAGCAGCUGAUUGACUGGAAGGUGUUUGUGGAGGAUUUCUUGAGAGGCUCAGCGGGUAGUAGGGAAAACAGGGGCCUUGUCCAACCAGAGACACACAUUACACAGGCUAAGACACAAGCUGAAGACAAGAGAGUAGGGCUAUGCAACAAGACAAACCCAUUUCUUCAUCCAUUCUGUAGCUUUACAUGCUGGUCUCUUCACAUUCAGGCUUUAGCAUGAUUGUGACCAAAUGUUUUGUAGAAAAUGCUAUGAAAAAAAACAUGCAAUCGAGAAAGACUUCAAAUGCAUAAAGGCACAAAGUGUAAACAGAAAAAGGAUUAUUUAGAAUAUCUAGGAUUACAGCAACUUUAUACGUAUAUUUGCAUGCAUAACAUUUACCCACUUCGACAAUGUCAGUGACAAUCCCAUGGCUCAGAAUGGGAGGAGUGUCCUGUCGGGUCACAAUAAAAAGGUUUUCAUAAUGCAACCUUGAAUACUGUCAAAGUGAUUCUUUUCAGCAAAGACAGGAACACAUUCUUCUGCAAAUACAUCUUACAAUUUUCAAAGUUUUAUCACACUAUGGCAAAAGAAAAAAAGAAGAAAAAAUCAGUAAAAUAUCUGUACCUCCUCUAACUAUGCGGCCUCUGUAUUUCGUCAAAGGAAACGUACCUGUGCCCACGUCUGGACCAAUAGGCUACCAAACAUUACAGGCGACCCAGUCUCUUUUCUGCAUACCAUUGGCAGUGUAGACGUGGCUUUUCUGGAGAAAAUACAAAUGUUUGCAUGUUCUAAUAAUGUAUGUGCAUGUAGAAAACUUAGUACUUUUAGAUACCAUGUGUUAUUUUGUUGUUGAUUUUUAAUAUUUGAUAUAAACUGUGGGGUUUGUUGAAAAGACAAAUUUCUAUGAAAACAGUAUUGAACAGUCUUGACAGUUCCACCCGUGCAGCAGAACUGGAACAUUCCUUUCUUUAGGUCUUGGGAUUCAGUGAAAUGUUUGUUUGCCUGAUUUUCCGUUUCUUGGCCAGACUUUGAAUUCUGCAGUUGUUUCUACAUUAAACAUUUUGUAUGAAGCAAAGCUCCUUGAA